AUGCCAACUGAUGCUCUCGAUCCCAACGUUGUCCUUGAGAUAGAUGGCUAUCUCAAGCCAAACAUUCCAGCCAUAAUACAGAGGCACAAUCUGUAUAGACAGUGGAAGGACAGUAUUGAAAAACAUGAAAACGGUUUCGACAACUUCACAAAGGGUUAUCUCAAGUUCGGUCUUCAUGUCGGCUCCCAGAACGAAGUUGUAUACAGAGAAUGGGCCCCUAACGCUAAGGAGGCAUCUCUGAUUGGCGACUUCAACGAGUGGAAUAGGCAAUCCCAUCCGAUGAAGAGGGAUGACUUCGGUGUUUGGGAAGUAACCGUUCCGCCCCUGCCUUCAGGUGUCUGUGCUAUUCCCCAUGACACCAAAGUCAAGAUUUCUAUGGUCCUUCCUUCUGGGCAGCGCAUUGAACGCCUCCCGGCUUGGAUAAGCCGCGUUACCCAGGAUUUGAGCGUUUCUCCAGUGUAUGACGCACGUUUCUGGAAUCCCCCUGUUUCGGAAAAAUAUACCUUCAAAAAUCCUCGCCCUCCCAAGCCCACGAACAUCAGGAUCUAUGAGGCUCACGUUGGUAUCUCGACCUCUGAGCCAAGAGUAGGGACCUACAAAGAGUUCACGAAGAAUACUCUUCCUAGAAUCAAAGAUUUGGGCUACAAUACAAUCCAGUUAAUGGCUAUCAUGGAACAUGCAUACUACGCAUCUUUUGGGUACCAGGUUACCAGCUUUUUCGCAGCCAGCUCCCGGUAUGGAACACCUGAAGACUUGAAAGAGCUUAUUGAUACAGCCCACGGCUUGGGUUUGACUGUUCUUCUUGACAUUGUCCAUUCUCAUGCCUGCAAGAACGUGUUGGAUGGCAUAAAUGAGUUUGAUGGCACUGAUCAUCUCUAUUUCCACGAAGGAGGCAAAGGACGUCAUCAGCUAUGGGACAGCAGGCUUUUUAACUAUGGGUCCCACGAAGUUCUUAGGUUCUUGUUGAGCAACCUUCGUUUCUGGGUCGAAGAAUACCAGUUCGACGGCUUCAGGUUUGAUGGUGUCACAAGUAUGAUGUAUAAACAUCAUGGUAUCGGGACGGGCUUCUCUGGGGGGUACCACGAGUACUUUGGAGACGGUGCCGACGACGAAGGCGUUGUGUAUCUCAUGCUUGCCAAUGACGUGAUGCAUGCGCUGUAUCCAUUCGUGAUCACAAUCGCAGAAGAUGUAUCUGGCAUGCCACUUCUUAGUUUGCCCGUUGCCGUCGGGGGCGUUGGAUUUGACUAUCGACUCUCUAUGGCAGUUCCCGACAUGUGGAUUAAACUAUUAAAGCACAAGCAAGAUGAUGAAUGGGAUCUUGGUAACAUUGUGCAUACGUUGAUCAACAGACGCCACGGCGAAAAGAGUAUAGCAUAUUGCGAGAGUCAUGAUCAAGCUCUCGUUGGCGACAAAACACUCGCAUUUUGGCUCAUGGAUAAAGAAAUGUACACGCAUAUGUCUGACCUUACACCCAUGACGCCUAUCAUCGCUCGGGGGCUUGCUUUGCACAAGAUGAUACGUCUGCUUACGCAUUCUUUGGGAGGCGAAGGUUACUUGAACUUUGAAGGCAAUGAGUUUGGUCACCCAGAGUGGCUGGAUUUCCCUCGGGAAGGGAAUAACAACUCAUUCCACUAUGCGCGCCGCCAAUGGAAUGUCGUCGACGACAAAAUUCUGCGUUACAGGUAUCUGAACAACUUCGAUCGCGAAAUGAAUCAUCUCGCUGGUCAGUACGGUUGGCUUGACGCACCACAGGCGUAUGUGUCACUGAAGAACGAAACCGACAAAGUUCUCGUCUACGAACGCGCUGGACUUCUUUUCAUCUUUAACUUCCACCCAUCCAAUAGUUACACAGACUACCGCGUGGGAGUUGAGGAAGCUGGGGAGUAUAAAAUUUGCUUGAGUAGUGACGAGGGUCGAUUCGGCGGCUUCGAUAACAUUGCGCUUGAUAGUAAGUUCUGGACAACUCCGAUGGAGUGGAAUGGGAGGAAGAACUGGUUACAGGUUUAUAUUCCGUCGAGGACAUGCAUCGUUUUGACGAAGUAACAGGGAACACAAAGGGGCGCACUUUAGAGAGGGUUUACUUGCAUUUCACACUUUUUUUGUAUCGUUCGAAGCUAUAGAAUGUGAUCCGGUUCACCAUC